AUGUCGCUCCAACUGUUUGACGUGCCCGAUGUGGAUUAUCGGUACGAAGCCUCUCGGGAAGUGGAGUUUCAAUCCGCCUUGACGGGCAUCCAGCCCAUCACGUUCUCCAUCCCUGGCUCCGACGAUUAUUACGAUACCAAUUCCCUCCGAUUCAAAGUCAAAGUCCGUCUGACCGAUCCAGCGGCUGGGUAUAAUGGGUUGAGCGCUGAUUUGACCGCAGCGUCUGAUGCCAACAAUUCCAAGAGCACGUACUGCGUCAACAAUUUUGGACACUCCAUCUUUCGAGACAUCACCCUGAGCAUGAAUGGCGUCCUCAUGACGGAACAGAGCAACACCUACCAUUACAGAGCCUACCUGGAAACCUUAGUAAAUUUCAGCCGAGAAGAAGGAGCCACCAAGUUAGCCCCCCAAGGAUGGGUCAAUGCAGUCAAUGUCGUGAAUAUCAUGGGAGCCACAGGAGCCAAUUCGGAUAUCCCCACCAAUGCGAAUUGGAGUGGGAAUGCAGAAUUGAGUGCCUUGACUCGCCGGUUGCUGAGCGAAAAUUGGCACACCUUCCUCAUUCAACCCCAUUUGCCACCCCUCAGAACAGGCAAAUUGUUGGUCCCCAAUAUCCAGAUGGACUUUGAACUCUUCCUCAACCCCAACACCGUCUACUUGAUGAGCACCCCGAACAAAGGCACCUUGACCACCAAGAAAUUUCCAGCCAUUCACCCAGAAGACAUCAAAGUCACGUUGCUGAUGAGAAAACUGACCUUGAAUGCCAGCGUCUAUGUCAGACUGCAGAAAGAAAGACAACUGGGCAAACAGAUUGCCCGCUACCCAGUGGUGCGGAGCGAAAUCCGCACGUUUUCCUUUGAUGGACGAACCACCCAAUGGGAACAAGACAAUGUGUUUGUGGGUCGAUUUCCUGACCGAGUGAUGGUCGAGUCAUUGCAUUCCAAUACCUUCAAUGGAGACCUACAACGAUACCCCUUUGCCUUUGAAAAGUUUGGCGUCACUCAAAUACGUCAGACCUUGAAUGGAGAAGAAUACCCUUACAGAACCCUGCAACUGACUGGAGAUCAAGCCUAUGAAGAUCUACUGGGGUACGAUCGAUUUCUACGAGCCAUGGGUGCCUACAAUGAAGACAAGAUUCCUAUGCUGCUGCCUGGUGAUUGGGGACAAGGCAAGAACUGCACGUUGUUCCUAUUCAACAAUGUGCCCAGUGGAAAAGCUGAUGAUCAUCAGUAUCGCAACCCCCGUCAAUCGGGCAAUGUGCGACUGAUCAUUGAUUUUGCUGCGGCUGUCAAUCACAACAUCACCGUGUUGGUAUGGAGUGAGUAUGAAAACAUGUAUGAGAUCAACCAUCUGGGAGGUAUAAAGUACAACAUCAACGGCUGA